UUGUUCCCUUGGUCUUCUGGUUGAAAACUUGUUCCGUUAGCUAUGAAUGUUUAAUAUAUUAUUAAGUAGGAACAAGUGAUAGUUUUAAUCUCUGGAACCUGAGGGUUGUUAUUAUAAAUUGAUUAUACAUUAUCUAUUUAUGACCGAAUUAUGUCACUAAAACUAGUUCAAGUAGAAAAACUGAAAAAGACUGACGCAUAAAUCGAUUCUAGGUGAUCGAAGUACAUUUUAAGAAGCGGACGAAGGAAUCUAAUCUACUGAGAUGGUUUGGAAAUCUUUAUACCUUACGGCUGUGUGCUUGCUACACCCUUUCGUUCUAUGCCGCCUCAGCACGCUAGUGAAAAAUGCUUUCUACAUUCGUCAUUUUCUUGGGAAGUGCGUAGAGUACGAUGAGGUACGUCAGGUCCUGGUUUACGGUAGACUUUGCCGAGAAAAGUUCGAAUGGCAGGGAGGAGCAAGACUCAUCCACAUACCAACAAAGAAAUGCAUCACUGUCAAUACCACAAGCGAUGGAAGCUUUUUGUCUUUGUCAAGCAAAUGCAGUGAUACAAACAGUUUGUUUCAAUACGAUGAAAACAAUCGAGUGAUUCGGCAUCUUUUCUCUAACAAAUGUUUGCAUCCAGAAAAUGGGGUUGCUGAUCCUGCAAUUAAUACUGCAAUUGUCUUGAAGCCAGGCUGCGAUGGAAACACCAACAAAUUUUACUUCAGAAAGGAAGCCUACUAUAUCAUCCGGCAUUUUGGUGGACUAUGUUGGGUUUAUAACUCUGCAGAGAACUUGAUCAAACUGAUGAAUCCAUUUGCUUGUGAUCGCUUUGAGUAUGUGAAUAAUUACCAUUUGAGGCAUGUUGAAACAGGAAAAUGUGUUAUUUUUUCAAGUUUAUAUAUGCGACUCACUGACGACUGUGAAUCUCCAGAAACAAUUUACAAACUCAACCAGUUUUCUCUACUUGAGCAUGGACCAACUAAUUGUAUACAUCCUUUACAUGGAGCUUUGUACCCUGUCAAUGGAAAUUUGCUUAUCCUAUAUAGCAAUGGAUGUGCUGAUGAAGACCGCUUGAGAUUCUCCUUCUAUGAAGAUAAAGACAUACAGAAAGUAAAAGUCAUUUCUGAAUCAUGCUUGACUCCCUCAUCUUGCGGGAAUAGCAAAGGCAACGUGAUGGUUAAUGGCCGCCAAUACAGCUUGAAUACACGUGGUAUCAAUGUGGUUCUCUUUGAUUACCGAAGCGGUUUGUUCGAGUACAGAAAAACAUACGAUGUGUAUGGAGAUGCGGCCUCCAGAAACCUUUUAGCCAAUUUCCUGGACAAUCUUCCUUCAGGGAAAUUACUUAUGAUGACAGCAAAGGAGGGGGUAAACAUAGAUAGCAAUCUAGCCUUUGCGUUGCAAAAGGUUGGUGUUUCUGCAACGUUUGCAACUUCACCAGUUCCAAGUAAUUAUAUGACUUUGGCAUAUGUUGGCUAUACAGGCCAGGCGAGGAAGAAUUGGGAGAGAAUUGUCAACAAAAUUGGAGGAUCAGGAGCUUCAAGUAUUGAAAUAAGCAUCAACAAUUUUCAUGAACGGGAUGGAAUUGAUGAUUGUUCAAAUGAACUUGGAGUGCGAGCCAGUAAAAUACCGGAUUCUAGGUUUUAUGCAAAGACUGUUUGGGCAAAUGAAAAUAAAAACAACCAACCGUAUCAAGCAAGACUGCAUUACAAUGGCCCGGGUUGGUGUUCGUACAGCAACACUCCGGUAUCCGAAUAUUUGCAAGUUGAUCUUGGGACGAUGAUGAUUUUAAGUGGUAUUGCGAUUCAGGGUCACGGCUCUGACAAUGCACAUGCUGUAACAAAGUUCAAAAUUGAAUACUGUAAAAAUGGAAUAAUUUGGCAAUUCUACAAGAGCGAGCAAGACUCAGUUUUAGAGUUUACAGCUUUAAGAGAAAACAAUGGGCUUGAAACAAGUGUUAACUGGUUUCGUAAUCUCGAAACAAGAUUGGUCAGAGUAGUUCCCACAGCUAGGAUAAGCUCAUAUAACAUUAACUGUAUGAGAAUUGAACUUUUUGGAUGUGCUAUAUCGAGAGGUUUCUUGAGUGUCGAAUGGUCACCAUCGUCAAGUUUUUCUAUAAAUGAUAACUUCAAAGGAUCUGUCCUUGCAUUUGGUACAAUAAAGAACAAUUUAACAGUAGGAAUAUCGAUGGCAUCCAGUAACAGAAGCCUUGCAAAUAAACUUGACUUGUUUCACUUUGGUAAUAUGAAUGUGUCGACAACAUUUGAUAACGGAACUGUCAAGAUGGAAAGCGGAGUGGUAAACUUGGCGAAAGACCAUUCUAGAAAAAUCAAUAGCGCCGGAUUUGUUCAAUUUGAACUUAAAGAGGAGAACUAUUACAUGUUUCUUAUCGAUUUUUCUGGAGAGGUUUUAGAUGCAGGACUAUCCACUGGAGAAAGACAGGCUGUCAUCAGUACUGAAAAUGGUGAUGGAAUCCUUGUGUUCUCAUCGCCACUUCAAAUCAAAAGAUUGCAUCCCGACAAAAGCAUUCUUCAACUAAAUAUCACAAAACAAAACUUCCAGUCGCUGACUGAUGAUAGCUUCUUGAACCUUAAUCUGUCCGUGUCCCAUUUGCUUGGAAAAAGUAACUCAAAUGCUUAUGGUGUUACUCUCAUGAUUUAUUUCAACAGCAAGUUUCUUCAGUUGAAAUCACUGGCAUUCGCAAACACAAGUCGCCUGAGUCUACCUCCGUCUAGAAACACAACCACGCCUUGGUUUAUUAUGAUUCAGACUGAUACACUGUGGCUGCAUAACAGGCAGGAAAUCUCGAUAAUACUUGAGGCAAAGUACCCAAAGGCUAUAUCAAGAGGAGAAACCUGCAAUGGAAAUAUCAUCAUCGAUUUUGCCUAUAAAAAUAAUUUGGCAAAAUUCAACGGAGCGACAAACUCAACUUUGCAAAAGAUGGUACAUUUUAAAUGUAAGAUUGACCAGAGCAAGAACAUCCAGGUAAAAUCAAUGAGGUUGCCGUCUCCAGCAUUCAGCAUGAUUUAUGACGAAGUAAAUCAGCAAUUCUUUUUCUGUUAUCAAAAUAAAACACACACGACAAGAGACUCUGCCACUUGCUUUUUCACAGAGAAGCAGAAUGAAUUUUGGCGACAGCUGCCUUACAUUUCCUCACUGAUGGGUGUUGAUGUUGAAAAGAAAAUUGUCUAUGGAUUGAGCAGAUUUGGAAAAUCAUAUGCCAUUUCUUAUUACCCUUACCGCGUCUUUGAUCAGGUAGAAGAUUCCGAAUGGACACAAGUAAAGGAUCAACAGCAAAUAAGAAAAGCUCUGAAAGCAGCCAGUGUUGAUUUGUUACCAGAGUUGCCAGAAAGCUCUUGGAUAAUAAAUGAAUCCGGCCAGGCGAUCUGGGCAGCAACAAAAAGAGGAAUCUUUAAAAAAGUAUAUGGAGUAUGGAAACGGAAGGUUGCUUUUGAUGAAUUCAGAUAACGAGCUUUUGAGAUUGACAUUACCAAAAAUCAUAUCUACUUUGGUACCAUUUGUUCUUGCACAGUGUUCAUCUGUUCUAGCGCAGGUUUACACAAUCCUAGUUUCCUGCAUACUGUAAAUCCUCAAAUCUAGAAUUUCUAUAUUUUAACACACAAUUAGCGGUUAACUACAUUAACAACACUUUUUAGCACCCAAAAAAUUAAGUUACUAACAAAGCACGUGUUUCUAAAUAAGGGAUUCUCGGUUUUUGCAACAUGAAUUCAAAAUUUCAUGAAGAAGGUUUGACAGGAAAUGCGUGUAUGAAUGAAAAAAUUAUGUUAUCCUAACAUUUGACCUGUUUGAUCAUGGUUCGGUAAAAUAUCCAGCAAUUUCGAAUUGGCUUAAUUUCGAGGGUUUACCUAUUUUUGAGAAAAAACGGUAGGGAAAACAGAAAAUACUAAUCAAAAGACAUUCUAUUCGUUCACACUGAUGUAUCAUACAGGCUGAUGGCACUUUGAACUUGUUUAUUAUAUCCAGAAUACCUGCUUAAGAGUAAAAAAACAUGGAGCAAUUUGUUUUGCUUGGGGUUCCUUAGUCCAUUAUUUUAUCAGCCUAGAGUCAUUUUAUUUAUGAUGUAUGAAAUACAAACAUGGUGGCAAGUUUUUUAUGAGAGUAGUUCUUUAGCAAUAGACUAGUUUCUUUAGUAGUUAUUAAAUAUUAGUUCUUUCCAACAACUUGAAAGUUUAAAGCAUUUAAUCACACCAUUGAAUCGGACAGAGGCGGGCGCCACGAAAUUGAAUCUGGGAGGAUAAGAGCCAAGUUUAGUGAGAUAGGAGGACCCACCAUGAUUGGGUCCGAUGCAGGGAAUUGAAAUGAACACAAUGUAAUUUGCCUUGCAAUCAGAGAAUUGUCUGAAAGAAAGGAUGUUUACAAUAUGAAGCUCUGCCUGUUUACCCUACAAAACUUACCGCGAAGGAACAAAUAGACUGGUUCCAAUUCCAAGAAAUUACAAAACAAGGGGCAU